AUGUCUAGCCACAGCCAGAGACUCGGUGUUUUCCCUGCUUCCGGAGGUAUCGGGGGUAGCACCGUCAAGCAUCUGCUCCCUCGUCUCCCUGCUCGAGACCUCGUCUUUAUCGCCCGAAAUCCUGCCAAAUUAGACUUUGCGUCUGCUGCCGGUGCUACCGUCCGCAAGGCGGACUAUGACGAUAAUGAGACUUUAGCACAUGCUUUUGAAGGCAUUGAAACAUUGUUCCUGAUCUCGUACGCUUCAGUUGAAGUGGAGCACCGAGCGGAGCGUCACCGAACUGCAAUUGACUAUGCCCUUAAGAGUGGCGUUAAGUACAUUUUCUAUGGGUCGCUGGGACUUGCUGGCCGCGAAGACAGUAAAGAGACUGUGGCGCAUGUUAUGAAGCCUCACUUGAGCACUGAGAAGUACCUCGAAGAGUGUAUCCACCUAUACCCCGGCUUUAACUAUACUGUCGUACGCGAAGGCCUUUACUCCGAGUCCUAUGAUCUUUACACCGCAUUUUUCGACCCUCAAAACCCCGUCGAUGAGAUCAAGAUCGCUCACGAUGGUUCUGGUCCCGGAAUUGCUUGGGUAAAGCGUGAAGAACUUGGAGAGGGCACUGCUGAGCUUCUGAGAAUCUUCGUCCAAGAUCCGAAAGGAUUCAAAUACCGUAACAAGACGGUUCUCCUUUCUGGCACUAAGAUUUUGAGUCUUCAGGAGACGGUGGACAUUCUUGCCAAGAUCGCGAAGAAGCCCGUGAAGAUUCGUCAGGUCUCGGAUGAAGAGUUCGGCCAGCAACCUAAGGUCGGACCAAACUUCACCUAUCGUGGAGUUGAUUACGGCACAGUUUGGGCAACGGCCUUUGAAGCCUUUCGACGAGGAGAGGCUAGUUACGCAUCCCCGUUGCUGCGUGAGCUGCUAGGCCGCGAACCCGAAGACUUCGAAACUACCAUCUCGCGAAAGGAUACUUUCACGCUGUAG